AUGGCUGUGCAUUCCAAGGAAGACCCGUUGACGGCUAUACUGCUCCAUUACCGCGAGCUCCUGCGCUCGAAGCUCCGCCGCACACCGAGAUCCGUACGAUUAGCGGCAACCGCAGCACUUCUUCUCUCCAUCGUCACUUCAUCAUAUGGUGGCUAUAAUUGGUGGAAAUCGCGGUCAAGGGAGCGCGCAGUGGGCAGAACCCUGCUGCGCAAGAACUCGGGCCUGCGAAGAAAGGAUGGCGCCCGCAUCAUAUACGUUCCCAAAGGAGAGACAACUUCCAAAGUCGUGAUACAUCCGACCCGGCCCACCACGUUCGAUGCUCAUCGGCGACUCUUCCUGACUCCGCCGCGUGUUACGCGACUCAACAGUGGCACAUCCACACCCGCCUACGGCCAUGGGCCGCCCUUGCAGACGAAACCCGGCUUGAAUCUGGCCUUCCUCCACCAGUUCCUGAGUCUGCUCAAUAUCAUGAUACCCCGAUUCAGAUGCAAAGAGACGGCCCUGCUGUUCAGCCAUGGCGUGUUCCUGCUGCUGCGAACGUAUUUGAGUUUGGUCGUCGCGCGCUUGGACGGCGUACUCGUGCGCGACCUGGUCAAUGGCCAAGGCAAAGCCUUCAUGCUUGGUAUCCUUCGCUGGCUAUCCAUCGGCGCUCUGGCAUCCUACACAAACGCCAUGAUCAAGUUCCUACAAUCCAAGAUCUCGAUCGCCUUCCGCACCCGAUUGACAAGGUAUAUUCAUGAUCUUUACCUGAACGGCGAUCUGAAUUACUACAAGCUCCACAACCUCGACGGAGGUAUCGAAGGCGCGGACCAGUAUAUUACACAAGAUCUGACGCUCUUCUGCCAGGCCGCGGCAAGUUUGUACUCCAGCCUUGGAAAGCCCAUGGUGGAUAUCUUUGUCUUCAACUAUCAGCUGUACCGCUCACUAGGGCCGCUUGCCCUGAGCGGGCUACUUGCCAACUACUUCGCCACCGCUACCCUCCUUCGCCGCCUGUCUCCUCCAUUCGGCAAGUUAAAAGCAGUAGAGGGGAAGAAAGAGGGCGAUUUCCGAGGCCUUCAUGCUCGUCUCAUCGCCAAUGCCGAGGAGGUAGCCUUCUAUGGCGGUGCAGAUGUUGAAAAAGUCUACCUGAACAGAGCAUUCAGGGAGCUUCAAUCGUGGAUGGAGGGCAUCUAUAAUGUCAAGGUGCGGUACAACAUGCUUGAAGACUUCAUUCUCAAGUACUCGUGGUCAGCCUUCGGCUACAUCAUCACCUCAAUCCCGGUCUACCUACCAGCAUGGGCUGGCAUUGGUGAAGCACCUAGCACAGAGGCACAAGUCAAGGACCGAAGCCAAAGCCACAUGAAAGAUUUCAUCACAAACAAGCGUCUCAUGCUGUCACUAGCAGAUGCUGGCGGACGUAUGAUGUACAGUAUCAAAGAUCUGUCUGAACUAGCCGGCUACACAUCCCGGGUCUACCAACUCAUCUCCACCUUACAUCGCGUCCAUUCGAACUCGUACGGUACCCAUCUCCGCCGCAGUCCUGGCCGUAUCGAACUCUACAGCCUCGCUGACGUGCAGGGUACCGUUUACCUCGGCUACGACGGUGUGCGCCUCGAAGAUGUUCCCGUCGUUGCUCCGGCACUUUACCCUUAUGGUGGUGACGAGCUCAUCGAAUCUCUCUCUUUUGUUGUCAACUCUGGCAACCAUCUUCUGAUCUCAGGCAGCAAUGGCGUCGGCAAAUCGGCCAUCUCUCGCAUCGUCGGCGGUCUGUGGCCCGUCUACCGAGGCCUCGUCAGUCGGCCUCGCAGCAACGGUCAGGAUGGCAUCAUGUUGCUGCCGCAGAGGCCGUACCUCAGCAUCGGCACUCUGCGCGAUCAAGUGAUCUACCCGCAUACCGAAAUGGACAUGCGUGAGGCAGGCAAGCGCGACGUAGAUCUCGAGCACAUCCUCCAGGACGCCAAACUAGGGCACCUACUCUCACGGGAAGGCGGCUGGGACACGCGCAAAGAGUGGAAAGACGUGCUGAGCGGUGGCGAGAAGCAACGUAUGGGCAUCGCUCGCCUGCUCUACCACGAGCCCCGAUACGCGUUCCUCGACGAGGGCACCAGCGCCGUGUCCUCGGACGUCGAAGGCAUCUUAUACGAGACGGCCAAGGACAGAGGCAUCACGCUCAUCACCAUCAGCACCCGCGCCAGCCUGCGCAAAUACCACGUCUACAAUCUGACGCUGGGCCUGGGCGACGAGGGCUACGAUUGGGAAAUGGUCAAGAUCGGAAGCGACCAGGAGAAAUUGAACGCCGAGAAGGAACUGAACCAGCUGAGGGACAAUCUGGCGCAGGUGGAGGCGUGGCGGCAGCGGAAAGCCGAAAUCGAUAGGGAGCUCUCGCUGGGAGAGGUCACGCUCAGGGGCGGCGAGGAGCUCGAGGCGCCUGGCUAUAUCGACGCGGAAGCAGAGGUGGAGGAGACAUCGGUAGUUGAUGAUAGGUGA